ACUAAGCACCGAGACUCCUUUGUUCCGUGGGUACGGAUUAUUGACAGAACAUUUUUUAAAUUUUCUGUAUAUAAAUUUGACGGAAUUUAGCAAAUUACUGAACGGAUUCUAUGGUGUUUGUUGUGUCAUGGCGCAGGGGAAAAUGUCGGGCAGAACAAUGACACGGCAAGUACUGUUGUUUAUCUCGGUCCUCUCUCUCAGUUCAGUGCACGGGCAGGUCAGUUACUCCAUUCCCGAGGAAAUGGCGAAAGGCUCUUUAGUUGGUAACAUAUCGCAGGAUUUGGGUUUAGAUAUCAAACGAUUGAAAUCAAGUAAAGCUCGAAUACACGUUGGAAAUAGCGCAGAAUACAUCGAGUUGGAUAAAGACAGGGGAGUUCUCCUUAUCAAAGAGACAAUAGACCGUGAAGCGCUAUGCAGACAGUCAACGCCUUGCGCACUGCAUUUUCAAAUUAUUCUGGAGAAUCCAAUAGAAUUUUAUCGCGUCACAAUUGAGAUUAUCGAUAUCAAUGAUAAUGCACCUGUUUUCCAAAAAGAUUCAAUGAAAUUCGAAAUAAGUGAGUCAGCUGUGACUGGAGCUAAAUUUGUGCUGGAGAGAGCUUUUGAUUCUGAUAUAGGAUCAAAUGGACUCCAAAGCUACUCCCUUAAUCCAACUGAUAAUUUCAGUCUAAAAUUACAUGGUCAAACUGAUGGUAGCAAAAAGGUAGAGAUGGUUUUACAGAAGCCUUUAGAUCGAGAGAAACAGGAGCAGAUGUCUUUAGUGUUAACUGCCCUCGAUGGAGGAGACCCUCAGAUGUCUGGAACAGUGCAUAUUCACGUCAAUGUGUUGGAUGCAAACGACAAUGCUCCGGUUUUUACGCAGGCACUAUAUACGGCGAGUGUUGUAGAGAACUCACAGAAGGGUACUUUAUUAACUACAGUUAGUGCCACUGAUAUAGAUCAUGGAUCUUAUGGUUUAGUCACAUAUUCUAUAUCAAGCAGCACAAUUGGUAUUUUGGACCUAUUCGAAAUAGACGAGAGUAAUGGCGAAGUGCGUUUGAUAGGCAAGGUCGACUAUGAAAGCGAUAAACAUUAUCAGAUUGACUUAGAAGCAAAAGAUACAGGAGGUCUUUCUGAUUCCAGUAAAUUAGUUGUCGGCAUUGUGGACGUCAACGACAACAGCCCUUUGAUUGAUAUGAUGUCCACUUCUAAAUCAAUACCAGAAAAUGCCCCUUCUCAGACAGUCAUAGCUGUAAUGAGUGUCCACGACCCAGACUCUGAUAAUAACGGAGUGGUGAAUUGUGUUUUAACUCAAAAUAUUCCCUUUACCAUUAAAUCUACAUCCACUGGCUUCUAUAGUCUAGUAACAGACAGUGACUUGGAUCGAGAGGGAGCAUUUGAAUAUAACAUAAUUGUGAUGUGCUCUGAUGAGGGAGUGCCCUCGCUCUCCAGCAGCGUCACUCUCACCUUACAUAUAUCAGAUGUGAAUGACAACGCGCCUGUCUUUGAGAGGAGCUCAUAUGAGGCCUACAUUAUAGAAAACAACACACCGGGCCUCUCUAUAUUCACAGUGAAAGCCAGAGACGCUGACUGGAACCAGAAUGCCCGUGUUUCUUACAUACUGGAGGAGUCCUCGGUUAACGGAGUGCCCGUCUCAUCAUAUGUGUCCGUUAGUGCUGAUAGUGGAGUCGUCCAUUCAGUGCGCUCUUUUGACUACGAGCAGAUCAAGGAUUUCCAGUUCCGUGUAAAAGCGCAGGAUGGAGGCUCUCCUCCUCUCAGUAGCAAUGUGACUGUGAAAAUAAUGAUCCAGGACCAGAAUGACAACGCGCCUCAGGUUCUGUACCCAGUCCAGACUAGCAGCUCUCUGGUGGCUGAAAUGGUGCCUCGUUCAGCAGAUGUGGGCUAUCUUGUCACUAAAGUGGUGGCUGUUGAUGUAGACUCUGGACAGAAUGCCUGGCUCUCGUAUAAACUGCAGAAAGCGACAGACAGGGCGCUGUUUGAAGUGGGCUCACAGAAUGGAGAAAUAAGAACUAUACGCCAAGUCACUGAUAAAGAUGUUGUGAAACAAAGGCUCACUGUUGUAGUGGAGGACAAAGGGCAGCCUUCUCGUUCAGCUACAGUCAAUGUUAACGUGGCUGUGGCGGACAGCUUCCCUGAAGUGCUCUCGGAGUUCACUGACUUUACGCACGACGUGGAGUACAAUGACAACCUGACUUUUUACUUAGUCUUGGCAUUGGCUGUAGUCUCCUUUCUCUUUAUCGUAUCCAUCAUAGCCAUACUGUCAGUGAAAUGCUACAGAUGGAGACACGAGCAAAUGUUUUACAAAUCCAAUGGGAAUCUCCCAGUUAUUCCGUAUUACCCGCCCCUUUACGCAGACGUGGGAGGCACAGGAACUCUGAGACAGGUGUAUAAUUACGAUGUGUGUGGAACGACUGACUCCAGAAAGAGUGAUAUGAAAUACGUCAGACCUUACAGUCAGAGCAUCAUUAGUCUGGACGGAACACAGACACUCCCCCACGCGCAGAGGGACACGCUGAUCAAUGACGAUGGGGAAAACCAGGUGAGAAUAAUGGCUACAUCAGCAGCAUAUAGGUUUUCGUUUUCAAGAGCUGCUGAGUAG